UCAGCUUUGAAAGAUCGGGAGGAGAAAAGUUAACGAAAAGCAAUUUGGAUGUGUUACGAUAGCCACUUCCUUUAAUGGGUUUGCUUACAAGUGGAGGAAUGCAAGCAGGGUCUCCGAUCCGAACACCGAGACCAACUCUGGUACCUCGGUGCUCCCCUGGGAGUCGCUGGGAGCUGCUACUGAGCAGUACCUUGAUGUAGCCAGCCAGCCAAGUCAGCUCAGCAGUGUCUCUAAAGAAAAUGCUGCUGUUACAACUGCUGUUGAUUACGGAAGAAAUGAUGCACAGUCGAGGACUGUAUUCUGGAUGGCGUCUGGGUUGGAUUUGUUUUGCAUGGCUCCCAUCAGCCCAUGCAGCCUGGGAACAGUCAUGUUUUACCCCAGCAAUGCGUCUCUGGGUUUAGCUACAGCUCAGACACUUGCUGAUCACUUGUCCUUGCCAUGAAGUGGAGCUGUUGUCCUGCCUGAAGCCUUGAGAGCAGAGGCAGAAUUCAGCAUAUAUAAAGGUCUCAUGCAUUCGCAGUGUCGUGUACCUGUGUUGGCGUAAUGUAUCUGUAUGUGGGACUGGCUGGGAUACUGCCGUCUGAAGAUCGCUUGCAUUUUGACUGUUUUCAGACUUAAUUGAAACCACUGGAGCAUUCUCCCACGGCCUGCUCUGCAGACGUCAUUAGAGGACGGCUCUUGAUCUCCACGCAGCCCUGGCUGGGGCGACUGUGCUUGCCUCUUGGUGGCAUUACUGGGGAACGUGCUAAUUAUUUUUAUUCUUCGACUGUGCCUCCUCUGUGUUUCUCAAUCACAGAUUUCUUUCUGUUCUUGUGUCCCCGCUCUGGAGUUGCACAAACUGUUCCCCUCCAGAGACCCGGGUGAGACACUGAUUGGUAUGUUUGGUGUCAACCCCUCCCUUCUCCUCCCCCCCUCUGUUUUUAACAUUGUUUGGGGCAGAAAUGGGCUUAUCUCUAUUCUGCAGCUAUAGAGAAAUUCAUUCCCUAGUGCGUAUAGGGCUUCCUGUUGCAGGAAUCGCUCCAACUUCUUAGCCUGAUUAACUCUCUUUGCUGCCUGCGUCUGUGCUAGAGAGAGAGAGAGCGCGAGACCAUCUCUAAUUUAAUUUAAUAGGAUCCUGAAGAGAACAAACUCCUUCAAGCUGCAUCCGUAAUGGCACUGCCAUAGUUACCCAUAAUGUUGCUCAUGCAGUGUCUGGAAUCGUUUCAUUCGGCUACGGGAUUGACUUUUUUUUUCUUUUUUAAAGAAUAUAUAUAAAAGCAGCUGUGAUAUAAACAGUUUCCAAGGUAACAAGGCUGGGGGAGGGUUUUGUGUCCCGUCCCCCCUUUUCCACACGGAUGGGAGAGGGAAGUGUGCUGCGGGGGAUCUUGGGAGGUUUCAUUCUUGACUCCCAAUUCCUUUCUGCCACUGCUGCCAGAUGUUGUAGUUUCUCGGGACUGCGCAGCUCCACUCGGUAACUUCCAAAGCCUUGCGACAAGGAUCCGAGCGGACUGGACCGCUCCUGCUAUGACCUGUGCUGGGACCUUUUGUGCAGGCUCUCUUCUCCUUAACAAAAGGCUGACGUUUGGCUUUGAUGCCCAAGAGGAGCCGAAUGGAAAGGCCUAUGUGCGUGUUACUCCAGAGCUAAGUUAGAUCAUUCCCCCCUGCCACACACCUCCCCUUGCAGACAGACACGGCUGCCCUGGGACUCUUUGUCUGCGGUUUCCUACCCCGACCAUGGGAUGUGCGUACUCGGCGCCACAAGAAGAGGCGGCCGUGGCGAGAACAUCUCCGGUGAGAGAGAACAGCUUCAUUGAGAAGAUGAAGAAGACGGGGCGAAACAUCAUAGUUUUCUAUGGUUCCCAGACGGGUACAGCGGAGGAGUUUGCUAAUCGCCUCUCCAAAGAUGCUCAUCGCUAUGGCCUCCGGGGCAUGGCAGCUGAUCCAGAGGAGUAUGACUUGUCUGACCUGAGUCGCCUAUCUGAGAUUGACAAAUCCUUAGCAGUGUUCUGCAUGGCCACUUACGGUGAGGGUGAUCCUACGGACAACGCCCAAGACUUCUAUGACUGGCUGCAGGAGACUGAUGGUGACUUGUCAGGUCUCAGAUUUGCAGUCUUUGGGCUGGGGAACAAGACUUAUGAACACUUCAAUGCCAUGGGGAAGUAUGUGGACAAGAGACUGGAGGAGCUAGGAGCCCAGCGCAUCUUUGAACUUGGACUGGGAGAUGAUGAUGGCAACUUGGAAGAAGACUUCAUCACCUGGCGAGAGCAGUUCUGGCCAGCAGUGUGUGAGCACUUUGGGGUGGAGGCUACAGGAGAAGAGUCCAGCAUCCGCCAGUAUGAGCUGGUGGUGCAUACAGACGUGAACAUGAACAAAGUCUACACUGGUGAGAUGGGCCGUCUCAAGAGCUAUGAGAACCAGAAGCCCCCAUUUGAUGCCAAGAAUCCUUUCCUUGCCCCAGUUAUAACGAACCGCAAGCUGAACAAGGGUGGAGAGCGACACCUCAUGCACCUGGAGCUGGAUAUCUCCAAUUCCAAAAUCAGGUAUGAGUCUGGGGACCAUGUGGCUGUGUACCCAGCCAAUGACUCCUCGCUGGUGAACCAGAUUGGUGAGAUCCUGCACACGGAUCUGGAUACAAUCAUGUCCCUAAAUAAUUUGGAUGAGGAAUCCAAUAAGAAACAUCCCUUCCCCUGUCCCACAUCCUACCGUACAGCCCUUACAUACUACUUGGACAUCACCAACCCGCCUCGCACCAAUGUCUUGUACGAGCUGGCCCAGUAUGCCACAGACACCACUGAGCAGGAGCACCUCCGCAAAAUGGCAUCGUCUGCUGCCGAGGGGAAGGCUCUCUACCUCAGCUGGGUGGUGGAGGCCCGGAGGAAUAUCCUGGCCAUCCUGCAGGACAUGCCCUCGCUGCGGCCCCCCAUCGACCACUUGUGUGAACUCCUGCCCCGCCUGCAGGCUCGCUACUACUCCAUCGCCUCCUCUUCCAAGGUUCACCCCAAUGCCAUCCACAUCUGUGCCGUGACAGUGGAGUAUGAAACCAAGACAGGACGCUUGAACAAAGGGGUAGCUACCAACUGGCUCAAGAACAAGGUGCCUGAUGAGAACAGGAGUAAGUCCCUGGUGCCCAUGUAUGUAAGGAAGUCGCAGUUUCGCCUGCCCUUCAAACCCAGCACGCCUGUCAUCAUGAUUGGGCCAGGGACUGGCAUAGCCCCCUUCAUUGGCUUCAUACAGGAGCGAGUCUGGCUGAAGCAGCAAGGCAAAGAAGUGGGUGAGACAGUGCUUUACUAUGGCUGUCGCCAUGAGAAUGAGGACUACCUGUACCGCGAGGAGCUUGCUCGCUUCCAUCAAGAGGGAGUCCUCACCCAGCUCAAUGUUGCCUUCUCCAGGGACCAGGCUGAGAAGGUUUAUGUUCAACACUUACUGAGGAAGAACAAGGAAAACGUCUGGAAGCUGGUUAAUGAGGGAAAUGCUCAUAUCUAUGUCUGUGGUGAUGCUCGCAACAUGGCCCGGGAUGUGCAGAACACCUUCUAUGAGAUUGUGGCAGAGUUUGGGAGCCUUAGUCAGCCCCAGGCCGUGGACUAUGUAAAGAAACUGAUGACCAAGGGCCGGUACUCUUUGGAUGUCUGGAGCUAAGAGCAGGGCUGGCAGGGCCAGGGAGAGAACAGAUCCUUGGGUGCAGGCCCAUGGGAGGUGAAAGGUGCCUGCCUCCCCACCCCACCUGUGGGUGACCACAUCAUCCCCAACCCACAGUUACCCCAGUGUCACCCUCAACCCCUCUGCUCUGGGCUCAACAGCUACAGCAGCCCCCCGGGGCAGGCUGGGGAUGGACCAGCUGGCAUCUGUCCCCUGUGUGCAUAUCCCUGGGAGGCAGAAGGGGUUGAGAGGGGCACAAGGUGGCUAAGGCUACUGUCUGGGAGCUGUGGUAGCCCUUGGCACCCAAGAGAACACCUCAUGGCCCCAGCCUUUUCUUUGAGGUCAGUGACGCAGCUGAUGUUGGGCAGGGAAGGGGGCAGGAGGAACAAACAGCACUGGAGGAGCCCUGGCCUCCUUUUGUGAACAUGGGGGGUUGCUUCAUCAGGGAGGGGACAGGAGAUGCUGGUUUUGGGGCCAGAGGCAAGCCGGGCCUCCCUGUGCAGCGCAGGCUGGGAGUGGCAGAGGGGUUGUAGGAGCCAGGCAGCCCUGUGCACACUGGCUUAGCGUAAGGGCUUGGUGCAGGGCAGCGAGCUGUGCUCACCUCCUUCAGUCUGAGCGUUCGGCAGUCUCUGAGGCAAGGGAUGUGGGGCUGCCAGCUAGCUCCCUCCAGCACUGCAGCCCCUGAGCUCUCUGCUCCUGGAGGGCAAAUGGCUCUCCCUGCUUGGAAGGAGCUGUGUCCCCCACUCUGGUCCUGCUGGAGGAGAGUCCUGAUCCAGCUGUGCUGGGGGCAUCUGUUAAACGUGCACAGAGUUGUCCCACACAAUACCUAAAUAUCUGCGUUCCCAGCAAUCACUGCUCCAAGGAAAAGGCAGAGCUAGUUCCCAGUCUGGCCUUGAGCCAGGGUCAGCCAGGACCCUUCAGGCACCCCUCCUCCUUUCCCCUUGCUGCCUUCCACAUCUCUAGCAUGCAGGGGGGAGAUGGCUCCUGUCCCCUCCAGAAGAGAUCUGGUCUAGGGGCUCACAGCCUGCAGGGGCCCUGCUUACUCCCCACAGGUCCUGCAGCUGGCAGCUCCCCUGUGCCCAGCCCCUCCAUCAUGGUGCAUAUGGUCAUUUUUUAAAUACUGUUUUUAUUUUAACAUCUUUGUGAUUUAUCAUGGAAAAACUUUCAGGCUAUCCAAUGACUGUAAAUUAUUUAAAUAUACUUUGCCCUUGGAAUAAAAACACUGUUUCUGUA